AUGGAACAGCAGUCACUCUCCCCGGCCAUGCUCAACACCACCAUCUCCUCUUCUCAGCCUCGACAGCUUGAUUCCCCAAGGCCAAUGACUCCUGCAAGUCCGCUGAUGGAGGCUCAAACGCCCUUUGACCAGCCGGUCAAGCUUAAAGGUCGACACAGAUUACUUCAAGGCCUGCAGCGCAUGUCUUCUUCUCCGUCACUCGCCAAGUUGGGUAGAACUCGCUCAAGUGAGAAGGUCUACAAAUCCGGCCAGAAAGCCUCCAUCUCCUGCGUGUCUCUCAAUUCGCCACCCUCGACAUACUCGUUAUCACCUCACGCUUCCUACGCCUUGUCCAAUGGCUUCUCUACGGCGCCAACCACGCCUGGUUCGCCCUGCAGCCAGCAGUCCUACUUCGAAACAAACUCCCGGCUGCGACCAUUGGACCCCAAUGAAAUUACCACCGUCCCUGUCCCAAUCGAUAUCCGCACCUCCAAACCCCUCUCUGCUCCACUUCCCGAGAUCUCAGAGAAGCCGCUUCCUCGACGACCCAAUUUCAACUUUUGGAAAGACCUGCCGUAUGAGAUACGAGUCUAUAUUCUGGGCUUUCUGUCGCCAAAGGAGAUCAUCAGAUUCUCGGCAGUGUCAAAAGAGUGGCAUGAUAUGUGCUUUGAUGGCCAAUUAUGGACGAGCCUCGAUUGCCAGACAUACUACCAACAGAUUACCUCGGAAGCUCUGAUAAAGAUCAUGCUCAGGGCUGGUGCCUUUGUCAAGAAUCUCAACCUCAGAGGGUGUGUGCAGCUGCGGGAUCAGUGGCUGAGCCUCGGGACGAGAAUGACGAACCAAGAAUGCCGGAACCUGGAGAACUUCAGCAUUGAAGGCUGCAAAAUUGAGCGGUCGUCCAUCCACUUCUUCCUCCUUCGGAAUCCGAGACUGCUCCAUAUCAAUAUGCCCAGCAUGCAGAAUAUCAACAAUGCAACCAUGAAAAUCAUUGCCAGCCAUUGCCCACAGCUCGAGUUGCUGAACAUCGACUGGUGCUCCCAAAUCGAUACAAAAGGGCUUAAAAAGGUCAUCCAGUCGUGUCCAAACCUCAUCGACCUGCGUGCUAGCGAGGUUCGAGGGUUGGAUGACAACGAGUUUAUGCUCGAAUUGUUCCAGCGUAAUACCCUGGAGAGAUUAAUCCUUCAGCAUUGCGACAGCUUGACGGAUGAGGCUCUGGAGAUCAUGAUCCACGGGACUGACCCUGAACGAGAUGUCCUCACUGAUCGACCUGUCGUCCCUCCUAGGCGAUUGCGACAUUUGGAUAUUUCAAGGUGUCGAAGUCUGACCGACCGAGGCGUCAAAGCCCUUGCAUACAAUGUGCCGUAUCUGGAAGGUCUCCGAACCUGCCAGGACACUGCUUUGACCGAUGAUGCCUUUGAAGAUCUCCUGCAGUCAACGCACCGCCUAACUCACUUGGAGCUGGAAGAAGUUGAUCUUCUGACAAAUGCAACGCUUAUGAAUCUUUCCAAGUCGAAAGCUGCAAAGACUUUGGAACAUCUGAGCAUUUCCUACUGUGAGCAAGUAGGAGACAUUGGAGUGCUCCCCCUUCUCAAGGCCUGCCCGCAAAUCAAGUCUCUCUGUUUGGAUAACACCAGAAUCUCUGACUUGGUGCUCAUGGAAGCCUCUGAGCAGGUCCGAAAACGCGGCAGCACAACAAAGAAGUCACAACGGCCUAAGAAAGGGCUAGAACUCGUUGCAUUUGACUGUGCCAAUGUCACCUGGGCUGGCGUCCGCGAGAUUCUGCAGGGAAAUGGCCGCGUCAUGCAGGGUCGGAAAAAGUCCGUGGUCCAGACUUUCAAUGCUGAGGAUGAGUUUGGUGAAAAGCAGGAGAUCCGGAAAGUUGUUGAGAUUCAAACCCUGCUUUACCCUAUCGAAAUCAUCCAUCUCAAGGCAUUCUAUGGUUGGCAGCAAACGGUAGAGGAGCAUUAUAAACGUUGCAUCACCGGCCGCUGGGGUGCAGCUGCCAGGCUGGAACAAAAAUGGGCCGAGUGGAUGGUCGCCAGCGAAGAGGUCGGUGUCAUCGGCCAUGGUUGGAGCUCGAGGCGCCGCAGACGGCGAGCUCGUGAGGCUGAAUACCGUGUCAGAGACGACGAAGACGGUGCCGCUCAAGAUAUCGGGACGGGAGAUGAAGAUGGCAGUGGUCUGGAGUACGCGGCCGGACGACCCCCGAGAGGAGGCCGGCGGCGCGCCAGGAGUGGUGGUUGCGUGGUCAUGUGA